GGAAAAAGUCUAGCACAUCAUCAAUCUGCUUCUCGAGUACUCAAUCGCCACAAGUCAUCGACCCAACAACACCAAUCUUCUUCUGCCUUUGCCAAACCCCAAAACCAGAAAUGGACUCCAUCAACGUUCCCAAAGGCUACGGCAAGGUAAACCCAGAACACCACCUAGAAGUCCAAGCUCAGAAGAUCCCUCAACUCCCCAAAAGGCCGAUCAUCUCCACCCUUGUCAUCUCAGCAAUAGCCGGCCUGACCUUGGUGAUCGGCCUCAUGCUCGUAGCUCUCAUCCAUAAAUCCACCACCGAGCCAAUCGACGAGUCUCCAUCCCUCUCCACCUCCGCCGAGUCAACCAUCAAAACCGUCUGCAAUGUCACUCUGUACCCUGAGCCUUGCUACACCUCCAUCUCCUCCCUCAACAGCUCUCCUAAACCAGACCCACAAUCCAUCCUCAAGCUCUCUCUCCAAGUCUCCAUUUCCGAGCUUUCCCAACUCUCUUUGGUGCUGAAGACCAUGAACUCGGAUGCGGCGGUCCGUGACUGCCGGGACCAGGUGGAGGACGCGCUGAGCCAGCUCAAUGACUCGGUGUCGGCAAUGGUGGUGGGAGAAGGGUUGACUGAAGCAAAGGUCAAGGACGUCCAGACGUGGGUGAGUAGUGCGGUGACGGAUCAGGAGACGUGCUUGGAUGGUUUGGAAGAGAUGGGAUCAGCGAGUGUUGAUGAUGUGAAGAAGAAGAUGAGGAAGUCGAUGGAGUUCACCAGCAACAGCUUAGCCAUUGUGGCUAAUUUCGACAAGUUUAGCCACAUUCCACUUCAUUGAUUAAGGACUAGGUGUUUGACAGUUUGGAUUGUAUCAUUUUCUGAAAAUCAGAACUCUGUUUUCAUCUUGUUUAUAGAUCUCAAGUGUUUCUAAAAAUGUGUAUAAUUAUUCACAUCCAAUUCAAUAUCAGG